ACAAACCAACGGCCAUCUCUGAAGGCGUCUUCACAAACGCCUGCUUUGCUUCCCCUUUCUCGGUGUUUUUGAUCUUUUUGGUGGUUUUUUUUUUUUUGAGAGGAUUUGAAGAUGAGAGAGUGCAUCUCGAUCCACAUCGGCCAGGCUGGGAUCCAAGUCGGCAAUGCAUGCUGGGAGCUCUACUGCCUUGAGCACGGCAUCCAGCCAGAUGGACGAAUGCCAAGUGACAAAACAGUCGGCGGAGGUGACGACGCAUUCAACACCUUCUUCAGUGAAACCGGUGCCGGAAAGCACGUCCCACGUGCAAUCUUCGUCGAUCUAGAACCAACUGUGAUUGACGAAGUCCGCACUGGCACCUACCGUCAGCUCUUUCAUCCUGAACAACUCAUCAGUGGCAAAGAAGAUGCCGCCAAUAACUUCGCUCGCGGCCACUACACCAUUGGCAAAGAAAUCGUCGAUCUCUGCCUCGACCGCAUCCGCAAGCUCGCCGACAACUGCACUGGUCUUCAAGGCUUCCUUGUCUUCAAUGCCGUCGGUGGUGGCACCGGUUCCGGCCUCGGUUCUCUCCUUCUAGAACGUCUAUCAGUUGAUUAUGGGAAAAAAUCCAAGCUGGGUUUCACUGUCUACCCUUCUCCUCAGGUUUCCACCUCCGUUGUUGAACCUUACAACAGCGUGCUUUCCACCCACUCACUUCUUGAACACACUGAUGUCGCCGUGCUCCUUGACAAUGAAGCCAUCUACGACAUUUGCCGACGUUCUCUUGACAUUGAUCGCCCAACGUACACCAACCUCAACCGCCUCAUUUCUCAGGUAAUCUCAUCCCUGACGGCGUCACUCCGCUUUGACGGCGCACUGAACGUAGACGUAACUGAAUUCCAAACAAACCUAGUCCCAUACCCACGCAUCCACUUCAUGCUCUCCUCCUACGCUCCUGUGAUCUCCGCCGAGAAAGCAUACCAUGAGCAACUCUCCGUUGCAGAGAUUACAAACAGCGCAUUUGAGCCAUCAUCGAUGAUGGCCAAGUGCGACCCACGGCACGGCAAGUACAUGGCCUGCUGUUUAAUGUACCGCGGCGACGUUGUGCCGAAGGACGUUAACGCGGCGGUGGCGACGAUCAAGACGAAGAGGACGAUCCAGUUUGUGGACUGGUGUCCGACCGGGUUCAAGUGUGGGAUAAAUUAUCAGGCGCCGACGGUGGUGCCCGGAGGGGAUUUGGCGAAGGUGCAGAGAGCAGUGUGCAUGAUAUCGAACUCAACGAGUGUUGCGGAGGUGUUCUCUAGGAUUGAUCAUAAGUUUGAUUUGAUGUACCAGAAGAGGGCGUUUGUGCAUUGGUAUGUUGGGGAGGGGAUGGAGGAAGGGGAGUUUUCGGAGGCGAGAGAGGAUUUGGCGGCGUUGGAGAAGGAUUAUGAGGAGGUUGGUGCGGAAGGUGGGGAGGGUGAUGAUGGGGAUGAUGAUGAUAUUGAAUAUUUGGGUUAGAGAAGAAAUGUGGUUGUGUUUGGCCUGUUUUGGUGUUUGUGAUGUCCGUUAUGUUAUGAUUUUGUUGUGGUUGUGUCUGUCUUUUGUCUGGUGCGAUGUGUUUUUGUUGUUUCAGUUAAUAAAUGAAUUGUUUGGCGUCAUGAAAUAA